ACAGCGCGGGUUCGAGUCCGGCAGUUGCUGCUGCUGCUAUUCUCAUCCCUUUUAACGGACGAUCUGGACGAACAACCGAGUUUGAACAGGAAGCACAGCAUCGAGGAGGACUUGACGGGAUUAAGAGGAUGUGUGGGGUGGACGUGGACCUGGAUGAUGGAGGCUCCUGUGAAGAGGAGAAGGAGGAGUUCUGGAUGGGUGAGGGAGUGAAGAUGCUGCCUCCACCUGUGGCACACAGUGAAGGCAGCGCAUGGGGCAGCCGACGGGGCAGACUGGGCUGUGUGACCUGCGGCGUGGCGCUGAUCCUGUGGGAUCUAGGUGUGGUGAUAGGGAGCGCUCUUCUCCUGGUGCUGGUCUUCUCCGUGGUGCUGCUGCCUGCUGUUCUGCUGCUCUACGCUGGAUUCCUCUGCCAUUCCAGAGUCCUUGACGCCCAGUCGGCGAUCUGCCGUUACCUUGACGACAACAGCUGCUCCGCCCUUAUCAUCCUUGGCUUCGUGAUGAUGUCACCGCUGGUGGUCGUGGCAGCGGCGAUUUUCUGUGGGCUGAUGCGGAGAUUCCGAGUCCUGCUACUCAUCCAGCCGAUUUCCCGGGCCUGGUACCGAGGGCGGCUGAUGGACUGGGCCAGAAGCAUCCAUGCCUGGGUCUGAUCAGAGAGGAGGGUCGCACGUUGACGUUUAAUGGCGGUCGAUGAUUGUUCAAACAAUAAAAGUCAUUCAAAUAUCACUAUCUGAACAACAGGCAGGUGAAGAUGAACUUCAAAUUCACUAUUUAUCGACAUGCGUCUUCAGAACGUGGAUGCUAGCUGGACAUUAUGACAAUCUGGAAGUGUGGUUUCCACUGAAUCUUAAGCGAUAAUAUGCUGGUAUCCCACAUGUGUUGGAUUGACAACAGUUAGCCUUGCUUUGGUUUGGCCUGGUGCUAGUGGUAGAAUAUAUGACAGAUGCUAAAUGAUAACUAUAGUGAAUAAAAUAUUAGCUUUUGCUCAAAACACCAAAUUGUUCUGGUGCAACAUUUGCUGAGCAGAGUGAAAGCUGAGGGCAGGAAGGUAACAGCACAACAAUGAUCUGGGAUCACGUAUCUGGAGGUGCCUGGGACGGUACUGGAUCAAACAGUUAUGAACACUGAAGGUUGUUUUAGGAAAGAUCUAGUUCAUUCAGAGCUUGAUGAUAUUAUUGGUAGCGGCAGUUAUCUUAUUUAUAUCGAGCCCCAUGCAAAUCUGUUUCAAUAUUAACCUCUUUGUGAUCAUUUGUUUCAUGUUAUUUGUAAGUAACAUUAAUGGUUUUGUGGCAAGCUGUGGUGUUGUGGAUUUGUGAUGGAGCACCUUCGUAGGGGGAGACGAGCAGAACCCAGCCAGAAGAGAACUGUAGUUUCCACCUGCUGUUCACUCUGAUCCAGAUGUUCUGUUGGGAUUGAAAUCAUCAGACUCAUGCGCUUUGAUGUUGUCCAGCCAUUAAAAUUCAUGACAAAUUCUGGUUCGUCCUGACAGCUGAGGAAGGACCGUGUCGUGGAGAAAACGGACUUUGUUGUAAACAGAAAUGUUGCCACUAAUGCAGUGAUCAUAUUAAAAUG